AUGGAGGACAGAGAGGAAAUUUGGAGGAGGGCUUCAACCAACGUUCUCGUUGCUCCUGUAGAAAAUUUCAGACAAAUUCGACAGCAGUAUCCUGGAGAGAUGUCUGGACACAUAGCUGAUGAUGAAAAUUUACAGUAUCAUGACGAUCUAGAUGAACCCAAUGGCUAUGGCUUUGAUGAUAAAAUUAUAGCGAGAGGAAAACACCAUUCAGCCGCUGAACUCCAAAAAGGAUUGACGGUUUUCACAGCCGCAGUUUUCAUCAUCGGUGAAAUGGCUGGCAGUGGAGUCUUAGCCCUACCAGCUGCCAUCGUAGGAGCGGGUUGGACGGGAUUCGGUUUGCUCAUUCUUUGUUGCUUUGCUUCGGGCUAUUGUGGUACGGUGCUUGGAAGAUCCUGGGCGAUUCUUCGGGAAAGACAUGAUGAGUAUAAAGGCCAUGUACGGUAUCCUUACCCAGCUAUCGGAGAGAAGGCUUAUGGAAGAUGGGCUUCCUUAGCUGUAACCAUUUGCAUCAACAUCACACUGAUAGGUCAGUGAGUUGAAAUAUCGUGAUUGUAUACUAAAGUCUUGAUGCAAUCAUAAACACGCAUUGUCAUUUUGAUGUAUUAAAUUGUAGAAGGUUUUCAAACUUCUCGGUGUUCAAAUUUUCCUUUGAUCGUUAGACCCAGGCACUAAGGUACUAACUGUUAAAUGAAAUUAAAGGUAAAAAAAUGUAUGAUAAGUAAGAUUUUGUGGCAAUUGUCUACUUCUUUUGAGCCACAUGUAAGACUCACGAACAUUCUACUCGAACUGAAUUGUCACGCGCUCUAUAUCGGUAGGGUCCCUAUCGGCAGAAAAAAAAACAAAACAGUUAGAUCAUUAAGGUUUAGUCUUUAAAUUUCCUAUCACAAGAUGUGAAAACGUCGACCACAAUCAGGAGUAGAGACUGACUGUUAUUUCCUCAAAGAGGAAGUUAAUUUGAUCGCGCCUGUCUGCACGCGAGAUUACGAAAUUGUAAAUAUAGUCUUGUGACCAAAAUUAGCCUUUUUUUAUCAUAACUAUAACAAAAUUGUCAAAUUUGAUUGGCUAUCAACUGCCCUGAUUUCAGUCUCAAUUGGACAGUUUAAUAGGACAGUACGCUUCAUGCCUAAGUAAUUGGACAGUACGCGCCAUCAAGCGCGCUUAAAUGGCUUAUUUUUUUCACCGCCAACAAAAUUUCGAAAAUCUUAUUUUUGUAGCCUAUUAUAUCACAAAUGUUUUUAAAGUUAUGAUUAAUUGGUAACAGAACUUCGUGUCGUCCAAUUCGGUCUGUAAUCAUACUCGUGAUUAAACAAAUCGGACUCCCGCUACGCGGUCGUCCGAUUUUAUUUUCACUCGUAUGAUUACAGACUGAAUUGGACUCUACUCAGUCUUGUUACCAUUACUUAAUAGAACAAUUUAAUAGGACAGUACGCGAUUAGAUGGCUUUUUUUCCCCGCUAGCAAAAAACAAAACAAAAAACAAUGGAAUUUCUUCUGUUUUGAUGUAGAAAAAAAGAGCCUUAUAUAACACAAUUUUUUUUCUUAUGUUACCGUUACUAAUAGUGGAACGAUUUUUUUUACAUUUCCUUGUCAGUCCUGUACAUGUACAAAAAAGUUGCAUUGAAAACCCCAAAUUACACGCAAGAGUAGUUGGCUCAAAUUAGCUGAAUUCAUUAUUAUUAUUAUUAUUAUUAUUAUGUAAAAUUUAGCACAGGGAUUUUCCCUGGGGAGAAAUAUCCAGUCAAGUCUCAUCCCGAGACCUCAGACUUCCAGCACUUUUCUGAGGAUAUGUGCCGAUCCGAGGAGUGCCGACUUUUGCAUCGUUCUUGUUCGGUUCUUAAUUCCUAGUUGCUCCAAGUGGCCUGCCAGCUUCUUUGACACUGAACCCAAUGCACCUACAACCACUGGCACCACUUUUGUCCUUGAUUUCCAGAUCCUUUGAAUCUCUCUUGCCAGGUCUUGGUACUUUUCACACUUUUCAGUUUCUUUCUGCAGAAUAUUACUAUCUCCGGGAACAGCUAUGUCCACAAUGAUUGUUUCCUUUGCCUUCUUUUUCUGAAUUGCAAUGUCUGGCCUCCUGUGAUGGAUUUCACGGUCUGUUUGGAUGGUAAAGUCCCACAACAGUUUAACCUCCUCAUUCUCUUCUACGCUUUUGGGGGAAUGCUCAUACCAUUUGUCACUGCACCCAACUCCAUAUUCCUUGCACACCUCCCAAUGGAUGACCCGCCCAACAACAUCAUGCCUCUUUUUAUAUUCUGUCUGCGCAAGCUUGGGGCAACUACACAAAAUAUGCUGCACAGUUCCAUCGUGGCUACCACACAUUCUGCAUUUGGAUGAUACAUUUUGGUUUUCGAUUCUGGCUUUUACGGCGUUUGUUUCUGGCUUUUACGGCGUUUGUUAUUAUUAUUAUUAUUAUUAUUAUUAUUAUUAUUAUUAUUAUUAUUUAUUAUCAUUAUUUUUCUGUAAUUAAUUAGCUCAAGGUUUUGCCUUAUUUAUUUUAUUGUAUAGCCCCAUUGGCCUAGCCUCCCACGCAGGCGUUUUUAGGGGAGCUCGUUUUUUAUCCCUCAAAAAGAAGCUCCCCUAAAAACGCCUGCGUGGGAGGCUACAUUGAUCCAUAUGGGAAAUGGUGUUUAUCAAAUUAUUUCCUAUUUAUUAUUAUUAUUAUUAUUAUUAUUAUUAUUAUUAUUAUCAUCAUUGUUAUUACCAUUAUCAUUAUUGUUAUUAUUGUCAUCAUCAUUAUUGAAAAUAGAUUCUAAGUGGCACGCAUACUUUUAGAAUUUCCCAGUGCAGAGGACACUUACAUCCACCUACAUGCAUGGUGAGCCAUUAAUGAAAGUUCCACAUUUCUUCCUAAGGUGUCUGCGUGGUAUUUAUGAUCCUGGCUGCUGGAAACUUGUCAAAUCUCAUUGAACUGCCCGUUGACCACGCUGAUAAAACAGGUGUGUUGCGGAUUUGGCUUGUUAUCUGCUUCGCAGUUCUUCUUCCUUGCUCCUGGCUUGGCACGCCCAAAGAAUUCUGGGGGAUAGCGGUGGGCGCUAGUUUGGCAACUGCCGUGGCGUGUUUAAUGAUCUGUGUGUGCAUCGGUUUGGAUAUGCCAACCGACCUGAAUAGUGUGCAACAACCGACUGUUAACUUCACCAGCUUCUUUGGAGGUGUGUUAAUGAAAACAAAUAAUUGCUAUAUUUUAUUAAAGUUUAAGAUAUAGUUGCCGUUUUUUCAGUGCUGGAAAGCCACCUGAUUAGCUCAGUUGGGAGAGCGCCGGUCUGCUGAGCGCGGGGAGGUCGUGGGUACAAACCCCCCACCAGACCAAUACUCAGGGUCUUUAAAUAACUCAGAACGGUUAGACUUUCUAUUCUUCUCACAUAAGGACGAAAAACCGUGGGUCACAUCUCACAGCACUUUCACUGAUCUGGCUGUUGUGGUACGUAAAAGAGCCCUCAUCACUGUUCGAAAAGAGUAUGGGACGUAGACCCUGGUGGUGUGGCUAACCUUUCCGAGUGGGUUAUCUGUAAGGAGGGAUCUUAAUAUAGGGAUAACCUCAUGAUCGUCCUUCCGAUGUCGAAAUGGCUAUCUGUAAACUUUGUUUGUAAACGUUACAGUCAAGAAGACUUUUGCAGGGACCGGAAACAUGGUUAGGAACUGUGUAGCGCUGAUAAGUUGAUUACAAUUAAAAUUUGUCUUUGUGUUCUUAGCGCUAAAAUGUUUGAAAAUCCAGACGUUUCGGGACUACUGUCCCUUCAUCAGUGGAAGAUGCCGUUACACUGAACACGCGUCAUUUUAUUCAAAUGUGGCAACAUUUGAAGCGCGCGCUGGAAGAGUUCGCUCAAAUAAAAUUGAAGUCAAUGUUUAUGCCGCGCGGCUGUAGAGUUUUGCAUUAAAAAAUUAGGCGGCCCUCCGCAGGGACUUCUUGCAGGGACUGAUCAAACAACAUUCUUCUUGACAGUCACGUUUUCAAUUUGACAAUCUUGACUGAUCACGAUCUCUUUGGAUCCGACGUUAAGCAGGACUGAUCGUACACGGUUUUUGCAGUGGUUUUUUUGUACCUUAAUUUUGCAUUUUGUUUUUAAGUUGUCUUCAAGUCCACAGCUUAACAUAGAGGGAAGAAGGGGUGGCGCCGUGGUGUGUAUGAGCACUCGCCUGCCACCAAUGUCGUCUGGGUUCAAAUCUUAGUGUCGACGCCAUACAUGUAUGUGGGUUGAGUUUCGGUUGUCGGUUCUCGCCUUGUUCCGAAAGGUUUUUCUCCGGAUGCUCUGAUUCAGUUGCACUCCCCUCGAAAAUCAGUGCUUCUAAAUUUCAAUUUGAUCUGAAACGCACGGACACGUUUAAACGAGUUGUUAAUAACUCCUUACUCUCCUUAGUGCUUUGUGGGUAAUUAACGCUCAGUUCAAACGUCGACUUUUUCCUGAUGUACCGAACUUUUAAAAUACCUAUUUGGGCCGACCCAAAUGAUACAAGUUCGACGGUUGAUUCAGACUUUGACUGGACUCAAUUCAUUUUAACGAUAUUCAGUGGUCUAGACUGCUUACAAGAGCAAUUUAUGCAUUAGGUUCGGCGCACGAGAAGUUCAAUGUUUGAAAAGAAGUCGCUACACAGUCGAAAUUCCCGUGUAGGCCACUCGAUCUUAAUUCAUGGGUCGACCCAAAUUAGAUAUGUCGGACUUUAUUGAUUCAAACGUCGAUCUCUUCAUGCAAUCAAUUAAAGGGAUUAGGUUCUGUACAUGAAAAGAUCGACGUUUAAACUGUCCUAACGCCCCAUGCAAACGGACGCAACAUUGUUGGCCAACAACUCCCAACAUUGUUGGAUGUUACAUGUUGCGUCCGUUUGCACACCCUGUUGCAUGUUGUUGGAUGUUGUUGCGCAAAGUUUGAAACCGGUCAAACUUUUCAGCCAACAACUCCCAACAUUUCUUUUGUUCCGUGAUCGCCGAAGCGUAGCGCAACAAUGUUGGUACCGUUUCCACAGCUCUUUCAACAUUGUUAGGGCCACGAACGCUCAUUACGCAUGGCUUACAAAGACUUAUGGGUUGUAUCCUUCCCACGAUGCACUGCAGGUCCCAACAUUGUUGGGAGUUGUUGCAUCCGUUUGCACACCACUGCCAACACGCAUGCAACAACUCCCAACAUUGUUGGCGCAACAAUGUUGGGAGUUGUUGCGUCCGUUUGCACGCAGCCUAAGUUACAAUUUACAAUUACAAAGCAAUAACCAAACUUAUGUCUUUCAUGAUCAUUUCGAAUCAACUUUAUAUCAAAAUUAUCUCUUGCCAAGUUGGUUCAACAAAGUAGGAAGGCUGUUAAUUAAGGCGCGGAAAGCUUUGUUCCAUUGGCUUAAUAUGAGGCUAUAAAACACGCUGGAGUAAUGUUUUCACCGUUUUUUCCUUUGCAGUCUUCUUCAAAAAGUCUUUUCAUGCUCUUCAUUAUUCAUAUUAAUAAUUUUCACUUAUAAUUAUGGGUACGGAACAAUUUUAUUAUCCCCAACAUUGACAAUUUUCGAUUACUAGUCUCUUCACUUUUCAUGAAAAAAUUUAAAAGUGUUGACGCUAUUCAUUACUACAAGAACUUGAUAAUCAUGCGGUUAAAAAAUGAGAUUAUAUCAGCGCACGGGCUAACCAAAGCAAGAAAGCACAACCUUUCCAAUUUUCAGUUUCCUGCUGCGAAAAAAACGACUUUACGCAAAUAAUGUUCUACAAAUCUGUUUUCUUUUUACGACUUUUUUUAUUCGAGUUUGUGCGGCAUUGCCUUGAUUGUUUACUUAACCUCUCCAGUUCUUCCUCUAGUUCAAUCUCACGCUGAAAUCUGCAUUCAAAGAGAACAGAAAAACGGAAUACAUGAUUUGAUUUUGUUUACUCACAGAAUGCUUUUCUUUCCAUAAAAGACAGAUCUGACUGAAUUUUUAGACUAGACUGCUAACACAACUCUGAUUGUUGAGCAGGGAAACUAUAAACCAGGCGCUUUGUCUGUCCACAAUAGACCUUUCCACGGUUAUUUCAACUCCGUUUGAAAUGGACAAGGUAGGCCGCAAUUCCACCAACUCCGCUGGAAAGAGCGCCUUUAAAUUAGUAAAACUGCCGAGUUUUGAAGUGAUCUGUUGAAAACUAACAAAGAUAUAGCCUCUGAAUUCGCGAAAUUUUACAAAAGUUUGCGUAUGGUGGGUACAAACGUUUGAAAAUUUUCGCAACUUUGAGGAGCGAUUUUUUCACUCGCUUAAGACGUAUCACUUUCAAAUUUGGCGAUGUUACUACUUUUAAGGUGCUUUUUUCAGUGGUGUCGACGGAUUUUCCCUGACUGGUCCAUGUGAAAAGUUCAAAAGACCGUAGGAAGGUCUAUUAAAACCUCCGAAGUUUGUUCAUAAUUACUUACUGAGGUUCUGGUAUCACUUGAUUGCACCGCUAGGUCUAAGAGCAACAUGGUAAAGAUCAACGGCCCAGUUGUUCGAAGGCCGAUUAGCGCUAACGCAGGGUUAAAUUUUAACCCAGGUUUCUUUUUCUGUCGUCCAAAAGCAUUUUCUCGGAUAAUUUUCUCUCUCUUCUUUUUGGAGCAUCCCAUCAUCAAAUUGUAGGCAAAAAGAAUGAAACUGAACACAUGCUGAAUUUGCUUCUCAAGCUUUCAUUUCUGAAAUCAAAUUUCGCACUAACCCUGGGUUAACUUAACCCUGCUUUGAACAUCCCGGCCCAGGGGGGUUUAAUGAACUGUGCAAUAUUUAUCAUGAGGAGGGUUCUUAAAUAAGCGGAACAGGGCUAAAAAAAAAUACAUAAAAAAUAACUUUAUAUUCCUUGUCUUUUAACGCUAAGAAAUUCAUUUUAACACGCAUUGGGUGCAGAAGCAGAAGCAACACACUGAAUUUGAAAAUAAGCUACUGCCAAAUUUGAAAACAGCUGCAAAGAGAGUGCUGGAGGCAACUCUGGUUUGAUGACAAAAAUCUUUAUUAUAGUAAGAAACCGAUAGGCUGUACAGUACUCCUACGUUGCCACCUCACGUAUCCGGAUAGUUUGAACUGAAAUGGUUCGAAAAAAACGUACGCGUUUAAACGUAGGUUGUUUGAAUUGUUUUCGCCCGUCCAUACCAUAACGGUAAAACGAUGGAAAUACAAUAGCCUACGUUUUCGUCCGUCCACUCGAUCCCUCCAAGCCGGCAUUUUUUUAAAAAACUUCACUCUAGGGACCGUUUUUGAAAACCUGCAUUUUUUGUGCCCGAAAACGCCCUUUACGUACGGAAGGCUAAAACGGAGAAAAAAAUCUCCGUUUUCAAAAAUAUCGGGAUAAGUGUGGACGGGGACUAAUACUUGUAAACGGUUAGCUCAUUCCAUACAACUAGGCAGGCGCGCUUUUUCUCUAUGAAAGACGUUUUUCUCAUUCAUGCAAUCUGUAUUCAAAGUUUCUAAAUUUCUUUGUCCUACCUCCUUCUUCGAAGUAUCUUUGAAACGUGUCUAACGAAGAGAUAAACAGCCAUAGAACAAAAAUCAAUCGUAAAAAGCGUUAUCAGCACGUCAAAGGUACGCUGCCAAGACCAGUCUGUGAGCAUGCCCUGAAGUCUUUUUAACACCAAACUAACUAAAGGAAAAGAAGGCAAGAAAAGUAUAGAGCUUAAACCGUUAAGAUAGCAGGAUGUGUUCAGUGUUCUGUCCUAAAACCUGUUUGGACCAGGAACUCGAAGGCAAAAUCAAUUAAGAAUGUCCUGGAGUCAAAGAAAAUAACCUAAUAUGUAUUUGAACUCCAUUUAAACCAAAGCUUAAGCUAGUUUAAAAGUUGUUUAGUUAAUAAAGGUUUAAUCCGACUCUAUCCUUUCUGGAAAAUAACCAUAAACUGAAGCCAUGAGAGCGAGGCUAUCAACAAAAAAUUGUUUACGCGAGACAUUUUCAACGAACGAAACAUCGUACUUUUGAACUACAUGAAAGCAUACUAGCCUAUGUUUUUCCUUCGUAGCAAAUCAAAUAACAAUACUAAAUAGAUUGAACAAUGGUUAAGUCUUUUAACAGCAGUACAUGAGAGGCUCAUAUGCAAACCGUCAGUUUACGCUCGCUCAAAACGCGACUCCAUAAACUCGCGAAGUAAACGCUGAACGAAAAAAUGUUAUUAAACAUUGUCUUGCAAGUCCACUUUUUACUUCCAAAUCAUUCAAAAUCAUGGAGUUUAGAAGUCCGUUUGUCCUUUCUAAGGUUUCAUUCUCAUUUAUAAUAUUCAUUUUUAGUCAGUUAUAUUGAACCAGAAGCUCCUUAUGAGUUUCUGAUUGAACUGAAUACUGAGGCAACAAAAACGUUGGAGCUUCUUUUUUUUAGUGUUGUACCCACACCUUGUUAUACCACAUUAAAACCUUACCUUUUAGCUUCUUUUCUAAUGAGUAGAAACUCGGUUUAGGAUCCCUUACCGUAGAGAAAGGAGGAUGGAUGAUUACAAUCAGUCACUGUUGCGGUAAACAAAUUUUCUUCCUCACAAUUCAACACAACGUUAGUGACGACACAAAGGUACCAAACGUCAGCCGCAAUUGCCGCUCGAGCUACUAACGCAAGAAAGCGAUUUCGGCGGCGCUUUCGGCUCCAUUAAAUCCUACACCAAUUGCUGAACAUUUAAGGAGGAGUCGCCCAAAAUGUGAAUACAGUUACUGACAAGCAGGACAUAUGAGUAAGGAAAACAACAUUAAGUAAAUGCAAUACGUUAAAUAACGAAUUAAACACACACGUCAAUAAAAUGAGUAAAUAAAGCUGAAAGCGCGCGAACUUAAUAAAAUUGCGCGUGCAAAGACAACCUGAAUCAACUGAAAGUAGUAGUAGUAAUAAUAAUAAUAAUAAUAAUAAUAAUAAUAAUAAUAAUAAUAAUAAUAAUAAUAAUAAUAAUAAUAAUAAUAAUAAUAAUAAUAAUAAUAACCCAGAACUAGAACCAGAACAGAACCUAGUUCUAGACAUAAAACUGAAAUAUGAAAACCGUAGUGAUCUCCGCUGUGGUUGUUUGGUGCGCUUGGGGUAUGGUAGAAAACAUCAAGAAAGUAUUAGACAGCGCUACUGUGACAGAGAUCCAAAAGAGGUAUGCAUGCUGGUAUCUGCACGAAACCUCAGGGAGGUGCUUAGUGUAAGAACAGGAUGAUUUACGUGAGUGACUGAUGCUCCAGGCCAUACUUUGCGCCCGGCUGAUGCACAAAAAGAACACCAGCAAAGACUGUGACAGAAGAGACAAUAUUAAAAAUAAUAAUAAUAAUAAUAAUAAUGAUAAUGAUAAUGAUAAUGAUAAUGAUAAUGAUAAUGAUAAUGAUAAUGAUAAUGAUAAUGAUAAUGAUAAUGAUAAUGAUAAUGAUAAUGAUAAUGAUAUAUUUCUGGUCGAUUUUUUGAAAACCAACCAAAAGGCAGGUUUCUUAGCUUACUAGCCCAAGAAGCUCCAAAAUCACACUAACGAACGAAAAGGAAAGGAGAAAAAGAAACAGCGAUGAGAAAAAAGCAAUGGUUGCCCUCUUAGUUUUUAUAAUGUCUGCUUUGGUAACGGUAACGUUUUCUGAAAUCCGGCUAGAUUUAUAUAGCGCUGAAACUAUAUGACACAUAUUCUAAAGCGCUAAUAAAAGCUGACAAAUCACAAACAGUACACGUAGAGAAAAUGAAAAUAAAACACCGCAAUUACUGUACACGAAUUGGUUUAUUGGGCAAAUGCCAAACGAAAUAAUAUAAAUUAAGGAUAUGGCGGCGCCAUUCAACCAUUCAGUCAAUCACUGCUAUAAAUGUCAUCUCUCGAGGUGUAGUUCUGUGUUUAUCGAUGAUAACACCUUUGCGUUUGAAGAAUUUAUGUUACCAAGAAAUCUUCAUAACCACUGCACUUUAUCAAGCAUUUUGCCGUUUUAGGGAAAGUCCUUGCUCCUUUGGUAAAUUUAUAGAGCCAUGAUCAUAACUAUAUUGGUUUUGCCCCCUAAUCAUUUUUGCUCCUAGGGGCCGAGCUUUCCUCAGAGGCAGUGGAGUUGCUGAUUGGCUGCUGUACCUUAUAGUUCCAUCUACUCUUAGUUCUUGUAUUAUACAUUCUCACAUAUUUUUCAUGCUCUGUUAUUCUUCUAGCAUUUGGAACGAUCCUAUUCUCGUUUGGUGGUGCGUCGACUUUUCCGACGAUUCAAACGGACAUGAGAAAUGCAUCCAGGUUUCCACUGUCGGUCUUCUGGGCAUACAUCGGCGUGAUCUCCAUGUAUUUACCUGUGUCAGUGCUUGGCUUUCUAGCAUAUGGCAAGGAUAUAAGCCCUAAUAUUCUCGAUAGUGUCGGGCACAACGACCACAACACAUCUUCCAUCACUCUGGAUAUCGUACUAGCAUUAAUAACAGUACACCUACUGUUUAGCUUCGUAAUUGUGCUCAACCCGGUAUCGCAGCAGUUUGAAGAACUCCUGAGUAUACCACAGAGUAAGUAAAGCAUAUGAGACAUCGAGAAGCCUCUCAUUUUUCUUAGAGACAGUAGAAGCAGCGAGACGAUAGAAAAUUGUUUCCCGCGCGUGUGUAGUCAGAAACUGGACAGGGGCACCCAACGAGAACAUAGUUCAAAACCACUAAAACAUAGCAUUGUUAAACGUAUUUUGGUAUUUAAACGGUAGAUAUAGGCAUAUUUUUAUCCCCCCAAAAUUGUUCAUCUGUUCGGAUUUCCUAGCUGAAAGUCUAGUGUUCCGAAAAUUAUAGGGAUCAAAACUUACCUUUUCGAAAAUUUCAGCCAGAAAAAAGGCUGCCGAAAAUUCUAGGUGACCUUUUUAGGGUAAAAAUUCGUUAAAAAUAGGCAUUUUUUCCAUAUUUUAGAUGUUCGAAAAUCCUAGGAGAAGCAGGCAAGCAAGAAAUUUUACAACAAAUGUUCCGAAAAUUCUAGAUCUCAAAUCGUCUUCCGAACAGAUAUUUUCCCGAAAAUUGUCGUUGGGUGCCCCUGACUGGACGGCGCUCGGGUUUGAGACUCCCUUAUAGGUUAGGGUGAGGUUAGACGGGAUGAUUCGUAACAACGAUUUUUAGCGCAGCACAGCUUAGCAAUGUUGGACAAUGCUGCAAAAAUUCGAAACAAUGUUGUAACACUGUGUCGUGCUAAAAAUCGUCGUCAAGAAUCGUCUCGUGUAACGUCCCCUUUAGGGAUAGGGGAAAUUUUAAAGGACGAAACGGAGAGCGCGAGGCAGAAAGUUUGUCUCCUCUCACCUCUAUCUCCCUUUUUUGCCUCUCCCUCUCCUUUCCAAAGCUAACCCGUAUGUUGUCUUUUUUGCAGGACACUCGAAAAUAUGUUUCAUAUUGGAAGUCAUUCCCACUGCUUUUUUCCUUCCCCCUUUUUUAGAAUGUUAGCUGUCUGUUCUUUGCGGUGGUUGUCUGUUUUAUGUUGGAAAAUCCGUGAUCGGAAGAAACGUUGCCAUGACCAGCUCUCUUCAGGCCGUAGUGGUAAAGAAGAACUAAAACAUUGUAGAGUACAGUUUCUGGUUUUCCCAAACCCAGACCAGUUCGUCAUUUAAAAAAGCAACCUACCAAAACUAAACCUAGUUCAAUUCUUAUUUUUAGCUCUUUUACAUUCGAGAGGGAAACAAAACUAGUUAAUUUUCCCGAAGGACUAGUCAUUAAGGUAAAAACUACAAAAACGUUUAACAGAGAGUCUGAGGCCAUGAGACGUCCUCGCAACUCAUGUUCGAAUACAUUUAAUUCCUUUUUUCUCAUCCCUACAGGGUUCUGCUUCAAGCGAUGCAUCCUUCGCACAGUUCUUAUGUGUUUCAUCCUCGGUAUUGGCGAACUGAUUCCCAAGUUUGGUCCCAUCUUAUCUCUCAUUGGAGGCUCCACAGUGACAGCAUUAACAUUUGUAUUUCCUUGUCUGUUUUACUUACGAAUUGAACGCAACAUUCCACUGCAUAUCAAAGCUUUCCUUUAUGAACUCAUUGCGGUUGGGAUUUUUGGUGGUGUUGCGUCAACCUACUCGGCGAUAAAUGACAUUAGAAAAGCAUUUUAG